UUAGACCGUUUACACUGAAUCCACUGUAAUCAGGAGGCUAGCCAGCUAGCCGGGUAAUCGACCUAGUUUAUAACAGCGAGGGUUAUAUCAUUUUAGGUCGUGUCCCACCUGGGAAACAUUGGCCUAAACAAGCCAGCGACUCGCGUUUACUGUAUUAGGUACUGAGACAUUACUAUAACACACCGACCUGACACGCUGAAACAAGAAAGCGAAAGCUGCGGUGACUUAGCAGAUUUGUUUUUCCGAAGCGGUGUCCCUUUCAAGACUCGACUGAUUACGUCCUGCCCUGGUUUUUGUCAACAAAGGAGAAGUCAUGUCCUGUCCAUGUACUUCGGCUGCCAGGUUGUUUCUAAGCACAGCUCACAGGGGUUUGUCCUGCUCUCGAAUUCAAUGGUUUUCUCUGAGUCGUCAAGGGUCUCGAGAAGCUCAUUUACCUUUCCGAGUACCGGGGAGGUCAUUUUCAGAGACUUCUGUCUGCUAUGCGUCUAAAGAUGGGACAACAAAGGACAGUGGAUGUGAUGGUGGAAAGAAAAAUAUCAGUGAAGGGAAAAGACUCUCUGGCUCUGGAGGAUCAGGCAAGGGAGGAAGCCAGCUGCGCUGCCCAAAAUGUGGAGAUCCUUGUACACAUGUAGAGACCUUUGUAUCAUCUACACGAUUUGUCAAAUGUGAGAAAUGCCAUCACUUUUUCGUGGUGCUAUCAGAAACCGACUCUAAAAAAGGGCUAAAUAAAGAGCCAGAGUCUGCUGCAGAGGCAGUAAAAUUGGCAUUUGCACAGAAGCCUCCACCUCCUCCCAAAAAGAUAUAUGCUUAUCUUGACAAGUAUGUUGUUGGCCAGUCAUAUGCGAAAAAGGUGUUAGCAGUCGCAGUAUAUAAUCACUACAAGCGCAUCUACAACAACAUCCCUGCCGGGAGUCGACAGCAGGUGGAGGUUGACAAGCAGCCUUCUCUAACACCAAGGGAGCUAGAGAUGAGAAGACGAGAGGAUGAAUACAGGUUCACAAAGCUGCUGCAGAUCGCAGGGAUCAGCCCUCAUGGAAACGCUUUGGGAGCGUCAAUGCAGCAGCAGGCGAGCCAGCAGGCGCCUCAGGAGAGGAGGGGUGGCGAGGUCCUUGACUCGACACACACUGAUAUUAAACUAGAAAAGAGCAACAUAAUACUUCUGGGUCCAACUGGCUCAGGAAAAACCCUGCUGGCACAGACACUGGCACGUUGUCUGGAUGUCCCUUUUGCUAUUUGUGACUGCACCACACUAACUCAAGCUGGAUAUGUGGGAGAAGACAUUGAGUCAGUUAUUGCCAAGCUGCUGCAGGAUGCCAAUUACUCAGUAGAGAAAGCACAGCAAGGUAUUGUGUUUCUGGACGAGGUUGAUAAGAUUGGCAGUGUGCCUGGAAUCCAUCAGCUGAGAGAUGUGGGUGGUGAAGGUGUCCAGCAGGGUUUGCUCAAACUCUUAGAGGGCACUAUUGUCAAUGUUCCUGAGAAGAAUUCCAGGAAGCUGAGAGGUGAAACUGUGCAAGUAGAUACAACAAACAUUCUGUUUGUUGCAUCUGGUGCAUUUAAUGGACUUGACAGAAUCAUUAGUAGACGAAAGAAUGAGAAGUAUUUGGGUUUUGGGACGCCCUCAAACCUGGGGAAGGGUCGGCGUGCGGCGGCUGCUGCAGACUUGGCCAACAGCAGCGGAGAGACCGACACGGUGGCAGAGAUCGAGGAGAAGGACAGGCUUCUGAAGCAUGUGGAGGCCAGAGACCUGAUUGAGUUUGGAAUGAUCCCAGAGUUUGUUGGCCGUCUUCCCGUGGUGGUUCCUCUGCACAGCUUGGAUGAAGAAACGCUUGUCAGAAUCCUGACUGAACCACGUAAUGCAGUGGUUCCACAGUACCAGGCUCUGUUCAGCAUGGACAAAUGCGAACUCAGUGUGACUCAAGAUGCCUUGAGGGCCAUCGCCAGAAUGGCUCUGGAGAGAAAAACUGGAGCUCGUGGGCUCAGAUCCAUCAUGGAAAAACUCCUUCUCGAGCCCAUGUUUGAGGUGCCGCAUUCUGAUAUCAUGGCUGUUGAGCUGAAUAAAGACGUUGUCCAAGGGAAAUCGCAGCCCAGAUAUAUCAGAGCUCCAGCCAAGGACUCAACAGAGGAGGAAUACGACUCGGGCAUCGAGGAGGAAAACUGGCCUCGACAGGCGGACGCUGCUAACAACUGAAAUCCUUAGAUUCCUAUGAACCGUUGGACACCAACUCUGGGUUUUAUUAAAGUCCCUGACAAACGAGCUAUGGACAUGGUAGAGGUAUUGAAGGCUGCUCAUUCUCACUGAGGAAUGUUUCCAUGAACAAGUCAAGAGUAUAACAACCCUUGGUCCUGUGCAUCAAAUGUAAAUUUUAGCGGUGCACUCAUAGGGUGGACCUUUAUGAAAUAUUUCAAUCUCUGGGGAUUGUUAACAUUUUAUCUGUAUGAAGAUAAUGCAAUUUUAUUCAUGAAAGGAUGAGUAGCUAGUUUUUCUCUUUUGUGAUAAUGGGUUUCACUGGCGAGGGAAGCAAAUGGAAAUUACGGGAUCAUAAUUGUACACUUGAAAACGCGAGCGGAGAAAGUGUAGAUGUGAUGUUACCAUGUCAAGUAAUGCCUUGAGUCACAUGGGCAUACUAUUCCAUGAGCUCAUCAACAUUUUGAUGUUUUCUUUACCACCAUUGUCAUAAUGGUGCUCACAGAUAAAUUGGGCUUUACAUGUUAAGCUGCACUGGUUACCUUUCAGUGCUUUGCUCCCUUCACUAGCCUGCUUUUUAGGGAAUGUAUACGAGUUUACUUGCAGACCUGUGUCAGUAUCAGAGGGUUGUUUGACGAAGCAGGAUUAGCAAGUUGGCUUGGUAACUGAACUGUUAACUGUUAAUUAAAAAAACAUUUUGUUUUGUAGUAGCUAUAAUCUAGUAUUUGUGACUGAAUCAUAUUCCUGAUCAGAUAUUGACCCUUUAAGUUCUAUUUCUGCUGACUGACACUCUAAACCUGCUUUGUCGAACGCCCACAGAGCAGCAUAGGUUUUUCUCUCUUGUUUUUGUGCCCCAGGAUUGGAGACUCACCCCACCUUCAGUGAUGCUAAAUGGUACCUAAAUUCACACACCUGUAAUCACGUCUCCACCUGAAUUCUGUUUGCCUGAACCAUGCAGCGUUCUUAAUAUAUGCUUUUCUACUUUAAAGCGAGAUUAAACUAGAGUUGUUCUCCUUUUGUUUUAAGUUUUCUUUUCCCCAAAUCGUCUCUGUUUUCAGAGGUCUGUUACAGAAGCUGUAACCCCAGAACCUGUAAGUUUGUGAAUCUUAAAUUUAUUGUGAUUGUUUAAAAUAUAUAAAUAAAAUGUAUAUCUCUGUACAACAUGUAAA